AUGUCACAGGAUGAUGUUAAGCGAAAAAGAGCUUCGUCAUUAAGAACUCAAAUGUUUAAUAAACAUCUCUAUAAUAAAUUUACAAAUAAUAGUAACAAUAUUACAGAAGAAAAUAACCAAGGAUAUGAACUAAAUGACAUAGAAGAAAAUGAAACGGAACCUACAAAUCUGCCUCCUAUGGUAGAUGAAUUAUUUGAGGAUGACGAAGAAGAGGUUGAUGAUUUAGAAGAUAAUGAUAAACCUCCACGUAUGAUAACUCAGAUAUUGGAUCUUCUUUUAAAUAGAACUCGUGAAAUGCAUACAAAAGACGGUAGACAUAUCCCUAUAUGUUUAGAUCAUCUUUCACCAGAAUUUGUUAAAUAUUGUUCAAAAAAAUAUAAAUCUCUCUUAAUUGAUGAACGUACUGAUAGACCUUACAUCUGUAAUUCCAUUACAUCAUCGAGGUAUACAUUGUAUUCAUUUCUUCCGAAGCAAUUAUAUGCUCAGUUUUCCAAACUAGCUAACUCAUAUUUUUUACUAGUUUCAAUUUUACAAAUGAUCCCAGGUUGGUCUACGACAGGUACGUACACUACAAUCAUUCCUUUACUUGCAUUUAUGGCUAUCUCUAUGGCAAGAGAAGCAUGGGAUGAUUUUUGCCGACAUUUAUUAGAUAAAGAAGAAAAUAGAAAACUUUGUAAUUUGAUAAAGAAAGAUACAACUUUCAAGAAUGAAAGAUUUUCAUCCACUUUGACAGAUGCAUCAAGAACAAAUAUUGCGAGUAAAAAUGAUAGCAAUAGUAGUUCAGGAGAGAGUGUCGGUUCCCUCAAUACAUAUUUUACAAAUUUUGAAUUAUUGAAAACUAGACAUGGUGUUGAUAUUACACCAGAAAAAUGGAAGAAUCUUAAAGUUGGUGAUUUUAUUUUACUCAAACAAGAUGAUUGGGUACCAGCCGAUGUACUUCUUCUAACAACAGAUGGUCAGAAUGGUGAGAGUUAUAUUGAAACGAUGGCGCUAGAUGGUGAAACAAAUCUAAAGAAUAAACAUCCGCAUCCAGAGCUACACAAACUUACCAGUAGUACCUCGGGGUUAGCACAUAUUAAUGCUCAAGUCACAGUAGAAGAUCCAAAUGUUGAUUUGUACAAUUUUGAAGGAAAUUUAGAACUCCUUGAUAGCAAGAACAAUACUGUCAAAAAAUACCCAGUUGGUUCGGAUAAUGUCAUAUAUCGUGGGAGUAUAAUUCGAAAUACUAAAAACGUUAUCGGUAUGGUAAUCUUCACUGGUGAAGAGACGAAAAUAAGAAAAAAUGCGUUGCGUAAUCCAAGAAUUAAAUCUCCAAAAUUACAAAAGGAUAUCAAUUUAAUCAUCGCGUUUAUGGUAAUUAUUGUGAUCUUCAUUUCAUUAUUUUCCUUCCUUGGUCAUAAUCUUGCUAAUAAGAAAUCCAUUGAUAAUAACCAGGCAUGGUAUUUGUAUGAACAGGAUGCUGGUGUUGCACCAACAAUCAUGUCAUUCAUUAUUAUGUACAAUACAAUGAUUCCAUUAUCGUUGUAUGUUACUAUGGAAAUUAUUAAAGUGAUGCAAAGUAAACUAAUGGCAUGGGAUAUUGACAUGUUUUAUGCAGAAACAAAUACUGCCUGUGAACCGAGAACUGCUACCAUUUUGGAAGAACUUGGUCAAGUGUCAUAUAUAUUUAGUGAUAAAACAGGCACACUAACCGAUAAUAAAAUGUUAUUCAAAAAAUUCUCUAUAUGUGGUUCUUCAUGGGAACAUAAUGUAGAUGAGGAUUCUAAAGGUUCCCCAAAGGAUAGUGUUUCGAAAGUUCCAUCAAAUCAAAGCACCGAGAUAGAUAUUAUUUCAUAUGAUGAAUCAGUAAUUUUGGGAAAGACACCAAGGGAAUAUGUCUGUGAUUCAGCAAGAAAGAAUCUUAACACUAUAGACCAACCAAGAGCAUCUGUUGAUUAUAAAGGGAAUUCUUCUUUGAGGUACGCUGGUCGUCCAUCAUUGAGCUCACUGUAUGUGGGGAAAAGAAAUAAUGAGAUCAAAAAGGAAGAAGAAGCGCUCAAAUCAGGAACGCAGAUAGAAUCUGUCGAAGACAUUAAAAGUUCUUUCGAUUUAUUACGUUUUAUUCAGCUACAUCCUAGUUGUCUAUUUUCUAAAAAAGCAAAAUUCUUUAUUUUGGCUUUGGCACUAUGCCAUACAUGUAUUCCAAAACAAAUUUCAGAAAGCAAGUCUGAAGGUCAUAACAAUGAUACUAUCGAUUAUGAGGCCGCCUCUCCUGAUGAGCUAGCCUUGGUAAAAGGAGCAAGGGAUUUGGGGUUCGUUGUUUUCAAUAGAAGUGCAGGUAUACUAACAAUAAAAACGUAUCCAAAUGGUUUUUCAGAAGAUCCUAUAUUAGAAGAUUACGAAAUUUUGAACUAUAUUGAAUUUAAUUCAAAAAGAAAGAGAAUGUCAGUAGCUGUUCGUGUACCUAACGAGCCUGGUAAAGUUCUGUUGGUCUCCAAAGGUGCAGAUAAUGUCAUAUUGGAAAGAUUACAUAACAAUGAGUUAGCACAACGUAAAAUGGAGGAGAUGAAUAAUAAUACUGGAGAACGUAAAGAAAAUGAGGCAGAAUUGGUACUUCAACAGCGCAAAUCUUUGGAGUAUAUUGCAUAUGAAGAUGAGGCACCAAGAACCUCAUUAAGAUUAAAAAGGAAUAUAUCUGCUGGUAGAGAUAGUCUAUCGCUACAGGCUAUGCGAAAGAGCCUUUCGAGGAAAGCAGUCAAUCAAAUGACAGAUCCUGAAAUGCCGAUUGGAUCAAUUGACCAAUUUUUAAGUAACGUGAAUAGAACCAACCAAGAGUUAGAAAAUAUUAUGACACAAAGUAGAAAAUCGCUACAUAGACAACAACUUGAAAAGUAUGGUCCAAGAUUGUCAAUGGACCAGAGAGAGAAUGAGUCUCAUAAGCUGGUCUCUGAAAUUAAUUCUAGUACGGUAGAAAAUACCAACAACGAUGACGAUAAUGAAAUGCAAGAGUAUAUAGGAAGUGAUGAAUUAAUAUUGAAUGAUGAGUACAUUUUGGAAAGAUCAAUACAGGCUAUUGAUGAAUUCUCUACCGAGGGUCUACGAACUUUAUUAUAUUCAUAUAAAUGGAUUGACAACAAGGAUUACGAAACAUGGAGUGAAGAAUACCAAAAUGCUAAAACAUCACUUGUAAACAGGAAGGCCCUUAUUGAUGAAAUUGGGAGUCAUAUCGAGAACGAUAUGGUAUUGCUAGGUGUCACCGCUAUUGAAGAUAUGUUACAAGAAGGCGUUGCAGAAUCUAUUGAAAAAAUUAGACGAGCUGGUAUUAAGAUGUGGAUGUUAACGGGUGAUAAGCGUGAAACUGCAAUUAAUAUUGGUUAUUCUUGUAAAUUAAUAUAUGACUAUUCGACUGUAGUUAUUUUGACAACGAGUGAUGAAAAUAUUAUUUCCAAAAUGAAUGUAAUAUCGCAAGAAGCCGAUUCAGGGAAUAUGGCACACUGUGUUUUAGUCAUUGACGGUGGAACGUUAGCAAUGUUUGAACAAAACCCGACAUGUAUGGCUGUGUUUAUUGAGUUAUGUACUAAGGUCGACUCAGUUGUUUGUUGCCGUGCAUCCCCAUCCCAGAAAGCUUUAAUGGUUAGCAAUAUUCGAAAUGCUGAUAAGUCGGCUGUCACCUUAGCCAUUGGGGAUGGGGCAAAUGACAUCGCAAUGAUUCAGAGUGCUGAUAUAGGUAUUGGUAUUGCAGGUAAGGAAGGUUUACAGGCAUCUAGAUCUUCUGAUUAUUCUAUAGGACAGUUUAGGUUUUUAUUGAAGUUACUUUUUGUUCAUGGACGUUACAAUUACAUUCGUACAGGGAAGUUCAUUUUGUGUACAUUUUACAAAGAAUUGACAUUUUACCUUACUCAAUUAAUAUUCCAAAGAUAUACUCUUUUUUCUGGUUCAUCUUUAUAUGAACCAUGGUCCUUAUCUAUGUUUAACACAUUAUUUACCUCUUUACCUGUACUAUGUAUCGGUAUGUUUGAGAAGGACCUUAAACCAGUAACAUUAUUAACAAUUCCAGAGUUGUAUUCAUACGGGAGAUUAUCUCAAGGGUUUACAGUAAAAAUUUUCAUAGAAUGGAUUAUACAAGGGGCCCUAAUAUCUGUCGUAAUUACCUUUUUAAACAUCAUCAUUUGGGGGUUGACAUCCUUAACAGAUAAUAGCAUGUAUCCGCUCGGUGUAGUCAACUUCACUGCAAUUGUUGCCAUGAUAAAUAUGAAGGCACAAUUCAUUGAAAUGAGAAAUAGGAACUGGAUAGCAUUUGUAUCUGUUACAUUAUCAUGUGGAGGAUGGCUAAUUUGGAUGGUUGCACUUCCAGUUAUCAAUAAAUCUGAUGGAAUUUAUGACGUUCCAUAUGGUUUUAUUCAUCAUUUUGGUAGAGAUAUUACAUUCUGGUGUACCUGUUUUAUAUUGGCUCUUUUACCAAUAACCCUAGAUAUUGUUUAUCAAACAUUUAAGAGAACUUUCUGGCCAAGUGAUGUUGAUAUCUUUGCCGAAUUAGAAAAGAAAGAUGAAAUUCGAAAGAAAUUAGAGUUAGGAGCUUUUAAUGAGAUGAGGCAAGGCUGGACAUGGCCUCAUGAUCCAAAUUCUAUUCAAAGGUAUAAGGACAAGAUUGUUCAUAAGGAUAUUUUAGAGACUGAGAAUGUUAAGAACGUUGUGAUAACUUCAGAUUCUCAAGAUAACAUAUUUGAUGUUGACUCACUUGUCAUUGAUGAUACCAAUCCAUCAACAACUGGAUCGUUAGAAACAAAUGGUAAACUUUCAAGCAAAUACUCACAGGAUGAUUAUGAAAUAUUACCAAGCGGUAAAAUGAUUAAAAGAUUUUCUAAAAGUGACUCCGAUAUGAUUCAAGAUAGUCACAUUAGCUUGCAGGCUGAUAAAAUUAAAGAUAAAAUUUCGAAGAAAUUUGGCUUUAAAAAUAACAAAGAAACAGAUGAAGAUAUCGAACAUAUAGUUCAAGAAAGGAUGAAGGAUUUGGAAGCAUGA